UAAUCUUUGUCUUUGUGUCUUUGUCACGGGAAUUAUAUAUAUUUAAGAGGCGAGUUCAUAAAAGUUAAUUUUCCCAUGGCACUCAGGAUGUUUGCCUUCAUGAAGGAAGAAAAUCUCUUCUGAGUCGUGCCCUCUACGUUUAUCAAAUCAAAUCUAGGUCUUGGUUCACACGUGCAGACCUAGUCAGAGGAGACCCGGCAUGUCGGCUAUCCUCGCAGAACCUUCCAGAGUCAUCUGAGCCUGUCGGACAGAAAGCUGGGAGCAAAAUCCCAGUGAGUGCAAGAACAAUUGUUUGUAGCUAAAUAAACCUGUUGGCAUUUUCUUUUUUUUCAUUGAAGGUGCAAUUAGCAUGCACACAGUGUGUUCCAUUUCGCUGCUGCAUUUGUGUUCUCCAGCACGAACAUUGUUUAGUUUGGCUACAAGCAGAAGGCAAAGAAGAUGCAAAUGUUUGCUUGAUCCAGAACCAAAAGAGCAGAAAAAGUACCGGUGAAGCCAGGGAUGACAAAUGAAACUGGAGUCAGGAACGCUUGAGAACCUGAGUGGAUUAAAAUUACAGCGAUUUACUGCAUGGGUAUGAAAUAGAGGUUUGUGAUAAACGCUGAGCUCAGCAAAAACAAAGGCGUUUCUCAACCCACUGACACCAAACCCCACUAUUCCCCUCUUGGCAGAUGAUGAACGGAGUAAAAUCAGAAAAUAAUACCCCAACCAAGGUAACUUGCUUUUCACAGGGUUUCUGAUGGUUUCUGUAAAUGGGAAGUUGAGUGAAACGAGAAGGUUUGGCAGAAACAAUGAAAAUGCAGCAUUGAUUAUGGACAAUUCAAACUGUAGAACUGUAGCAGAAAUUUACAAGGAAUGAACUGCAGCUGCAGUCGGGGCUUUAAUGGCCUCCACACAAAGACAUAGUCAGGACAUCAUGGACUGCAACUACAGCACAUAAUAAAACAGCUGGAGGCCUACAUUCAUAACAAUGUCUUUUUUAAGUAUGAAGUAAAGAACAGCGGAUGCAGACCUCGGCCAUUAUUGGUUAUAAUUGGUGUUUUGGUUUGUCUUAGCUUUAAAUAAUUACUUUAAUUCUAUUUCGCCCAUUUUAUAAAACUAUUAGCUUGAAGUUAGUUAGUGUGUGCUAACUGUCGGCCUCGUAAAGCUCAUUAAUGGACUUUCACUUGACAGACAAGCUGUCCAAUGGGUCCAUGGAAUCCUCUGGGCAACCAAUAGCCUUCGGUUCCGAGCUGCUGCUGCUUGCUGAUUGGCGGAAGGAGCUUCUGCCUCCCGAGUACCGACGCUUCUCCUUUGGUCAAGGUUGCACUUUGCAGCUGCAGCAGGACGCGUACGGAGCGCCGCUUACUCACGGAGAGCAGCACCGAUUAUCAUCAGCAGCAGCAACUCGUUUUAAUACCGAAGCGUCCUUCUAGGAUCUCCAUCCUCACGGUACAUCCGCCAUGGACGAGAUGGAGGAAGAGUUAAAAUGCCCCGUUUGCGGCUCCUUCUACCGGGAGCCCAUCAUACUGCCUUGCUCCCACAACAUUUGCCUGGCGUGUGCGCGGAAUAUUCUUGUGCAGACCCCCGAAGCCGAGUCCCCGCAGAGCAGCCGCGCCUCCGGGUCCGGCGCCUCAGAUUAUGAUUACUUGGAUUUGGAUAAAAUGAGUUUGUACAGCGAGGCGGACAGCGGGUACGGGUCCUACGGGGGGUUUGUCAGCGCUCCGACCACCCCCUGUCAGAAAUCACCGAACGGAGUCCGGGUUUUCCCCCCCGCCGUCCCCCAGCCCGGUCCGCAGCAGCACCUCCUGCCGCAUCCGGCCUCCUUGCCCCCGAUCCCCCGCAACUCCUGCAUCACCUGUCCGCAGUGUCACCGCAGCCUGAUCCUGGACGACCGGGGGCUCCGGGGGUUCCCCAAAAACCGGGUGCUGGAAGGGGUGGUGGACCGGUACCAGCAGAGCAAGGCGGCCGCCCUCAAGUGCCAGCUGUGCGAGAAGAGUCCGAAGGAGGCCACGGUGAUGUGCGAGCAGUGCGACGUGUUCUACUGCGACCCGUGCCGCCUGCGGUGCCACCCGCCCCGCGGUCCCCUCGCCAAGCAUCGCCUGGUUCCCCCCGCGCAGGGCCGGAUCAGUCGCCGCGCGAGCCCGCGCAAGAUCUCCACCUGCACGGAGCACGAGCUGGAGAACCUGAGCAUGUACUGCGUGCAGUGCAAGAUGCCCGUGUGUUACCAGUGUUUGGAAGAGGGGAAGCACGGCACGCACGAAGUCAAAGCUCUGGGCGCGAUGUGGAAACUGCACAAGGGUCAGCUGUCCCAAGCCUUAAACGGUCUGUCAGACAGAGCCACCGAAGCAAAAGAGUUCCUGGUUCAGCUGAGAAACAUGGUGCAGCACAUCCAGGAAAACGGCGUGGAAUUUGAGGCCUGUUUGGUGGCACAGUGCGACGCGCUGAUCGACGCCUUGAACCGGCGCAAAGCCCAGCUGCUGGCCCAAGUGAACAAGGAGCAUGAACACAAGCUAAAGGUGGUUCGGGAUCAGAUCUCCCAUUGCACGGUGAAGCUGCGCCAGACAACAGGACUGAUGGAGUACUGCCUGGAAGUCAUCAAGGAGAACGACCCCAGUGGCUUCCUGCAGAUCUCGGACGCUUUGAUCCGGAGGGUCCACAUGACCGAGAGCCAGUGGGGGAAGGGAACCCUCACCCCGAGGAUGACCAGUGACUUUGACCUCACCCUGGACAGCGGGCCCCUCCUGCAAACGAUCCACCAGCUGGACUUUGUACAAAUGAAAGUCCCAGCUGCUCCCAUCCUCCAGCUAGAAGAAUGCUGUACCCAGAACAACAGCGCCACGUUGUCAUGGAAACAGCCACCGCUCUCCACCAUCGCCGUCGAGGGCUACAUCCUGGAGCUGGACGACGGAAACGGAGGGCCGUUCAGGGAGGUGUAUGUGGGGACGGAAACCAUCUGCACGGUGGACGGGCUCCACUUCAACAGCACGUACAAGUCCAGAGUGAAGGCGUUCAAUUCCAGCGGAGUGGGCCAGUACAGCAAGACGCUGAUCAUGCAGACCUCUGAGACUGGACUCCCUCCAUGCGAUAUACAGUCUAUAGGCACAGUUGCCUGGUUCACUUUCGACCCGGUGUCCGCUCACCCCGACAUCGUCUUCUCCAACGACAACCUGACGGUGUCAUGCAACAGCUACGAUGACCGGGUGGUCCUGGGCAGCGCCGCCUUCUCCCGCGGCGUCCAUUACUGGGAAAUGACGGUGGACCGCUACGACAACCACCCAGACCCGGCCUUCGGCAUCUCUCGCGGCGACGUCCUGAAGGACGUGAUGCUGGGGAAGGACGACAAGGCCUGGGCCAUGUACGUGGACAACAACCGCUCCUGGUUCAUGCACAACAACUCUCACACCAACAGGACGGAUGGUGGUGUCGCUAAAGGAUCGACGAUAGGAAUGUUGCUGGACUUCACACGUAGGAUCCUCAUCUUCCUCAUCAACGAUGAGCAGCAGGGUCCCGUUGCCUUCGAGAGCUUGGAAGGCGCUUAUUACCCCGCCAUCAGCCUCAACCGUAACGUCCAGGUCACUCUUCACACUGGGCUACCCAUCCCUGACUUUUACACGCCCGGGGAGGCAGACCCGACGAGCUCCGUGUGCUGAAGACCGCAGUGAAACCUCUGCAGGGUUUGCCCCUUCCCCGCCCCGUCGCAGGUCAAUACCUCUAACCCCGCCCUCGCCCUCCUGAUCUCGACUCUGCGUCUGUCGCCCCGACCUAAUGACCCCCAAAACACUCCGUCGGAGGCCUCAUGACAGCCCUAAGCCAUGCCUUUCUCAUGCCUACGCUUUGGACACGGCCGUGUGCAGGACAGUGCAUAUGGUGCCUAUGACUCGUGUUCUUACAGAAGACGGGACGUUUCACCACAACGUCCAGAGGAUCAGUAACGGAAGCACUGAACCGAAGGAGUAUUUUUACAUUUCAGAAAAUACGCGCAUUGAGUCAAGGCUAGGCAUGGGCUGGUGUGAAACGCUCAAGGAACGUAUAAAAUAGAUGCUUUUUUUGUUCCUAAAUUUGUAAAUUUAUAUUUCAGGAUUUUUAGACAGGCAUCAACAUUUAUUCUCCCACUCAUCCCCUCUUUCUCACAAUGCACAUGUACAUAAUAUAUUCCAAAAAAUUCAAGUUACAAAGUGUUGUAACUCAAAUUAUUCGAGUUAAUAUUAAGGUUAUUAUGGAUUACUACUGAGUUUUUCCCUUCAGUUUUCCAGCUACUUGUCACCAAAGUUACUGCUAAAGUAACUUUUCUGUUACUUUAGCAGCUGAUAAGUCAGAGUAGGUUCUGUCUAAAUGGAAAAGCAUCUAUCAAGAUCAUCAGGAUUUGCUUGUUUGAUAUAUGGGGACAAAUACCUGUGACAGAACCUUACAGAAUAUAGAAUAUGCUGAUAAAUAAACACCAAAAGAACAAAAUUCAGACAUUGGUGGAAUAGAAAAUGUGCCAAAAAGUCUUAUAUCACAACAUUCCCUAAAUUUUGUAAUAUUAGUUUCCAAGAGAGUUGGCUUAUUAAGCAACACAUUGCACCUCUUUGCUGUUCUACCUUUUCUAGAGCAACACUGGGAGUAUAACAAGCAGCCAGUUCAGUUGUCAGGCUAUCUGCUCAUGUAGCAGCCACCCGCUCAGCAGAAAAGCAAGCAGCAUUACUUCCAUAAGAAGGAUGCGUGCCUCCCCUUUACUGUCCAUGCCAUAAUUAGCUAAAUAUUUCCAAAGAGCUGCUUUUAGAAACCUUGGGAUUUCUUGUUACCAGCCCAUGCCUACAGUCAAGAGUUGGGCUUCAUUCACAUUGCAGGUAUAAAUGCCCAGUUUAGGGGGUUGGGGGUUGUUUCUUCGUGUGUUGUUGAUAUUACUAGACUAUGAUCGAGAACGGUCUGCGGCAUGCGCAGAAGAAGACUUGAUGUUGCAAGCAGCCCAUUGUGUCUGCAGAAGCAAAUACGGACGCUGCGAAUGUCGUCACGCGUCAGUCCUGACACGGUGCAAUGGAAGCUGCCAGAAAUGACGAUUAGCUUCAUCGACAGCUAAUCUGCUGUCUGCCGUGCUUCUUUUUUUUUUCCUACUGUUUACAUUCGGUCGUGCCGCUUUCCACCUCAUUCGGCGCAAAAUUGCACCACAUUUCCGUGACUUUUCAAUGUGGUCAAAAUCGCACCAGUGGUCUGUUCAAACCGAGAUCACUUUCAAGAACAUCAUCCGAUUUGGGAUGAGUCACGUUGGAAAUCGGGAGUUGUGCUGUACAGACUGUGACACUUCUUACGUAAAGAUGGAGCUACUUUUCCGAUUUCGGAGCGCAUUUGAGAGUGAAAUCGGAUUUUUGCUGCUCAGAUUCAUCUUAAGAAAAAAAAAAUCAGAUAACGGUCACGCCUUCGCCUGCAGUGUGAACGCAGCCUUGACUAUGACGCUAAAGCUCAGAACACAAGAAACAAAUGCUUGGCAGAAUGUCCAACUCUUCUCUUAAAUGAAGGAGUUUUUUUUUUAUGAAUUCAUUAGACAAGGAAGAUCUUGUAUUAACCUUUUCUUUUUUCUUACAACUCAAUAUAUUGCAUUCUUCAUGCUUAUGCCUCUUUGUCAGGUUUCCGUCUUGAAGACUGUUGUGGAUUCAAGACUCUGAGUUGAGAAUGAGAAGUCAUAUUUUGUGACUGUGUGUGCGUGUGUGCGUGCGUGUGUGUGUGUGUAGGCUGCCUGCCAUGACCCUUGGACUAGAGUCCAGCUCCCAGCCAUAUCAGUGUCAUUACCUUCGUCUGUGUAAGUGGGAAGCUUUUCUUAGUGGCUUAGCUCAAGUGAAACUUCUGUGUUGUGUUUUUUUUUUUUUUUAUAUUUACAGCAUCGAGGUUUAGAAUGCAACAGAAAGGAAGACUUUUUUUUCUUCUGCAAUGGCGCUUUCAAAACAGGGGGGGCUUUGGUUGAAUCCAUCUCAAAGGCAGUAGGGGGUUUAAACGACUGUGAAGAUGUUAUUAUAAGGUGCUAAAGCAGUUCACAUAGUUUAAGCUUUUCUUUUUUUUUACUGUGAGUGACUGAAUUCUGGUAGUUUUUGUAAUAUUGUUAUUGAAAUGAUCUAUUGCGAAGAGGUGUAAAGUUAAAUAAGUUAUUGAUGUUAAGAGAUUUUUAGUGAGAAUUUAUCCUCGUUCUCUUUUCGGCGAUGUACAGUUGCAACCGAGGGGACGAACGGCGCUUCUCUGCUUUAAACGUUUUGUUUUAUUAGACAUCGGGGGGGGGGGGGGGGUUUGGAGGGGAAAUUAGAGGCUUUUCAGUUUACAUGUCUACAAAAGCAACAAAACAGGAGACACUGGAAUGUUUUUUUUUUUUGGCUAACACUCUUCUCAGUACGUACUGACUGAAACGCUUGGCGGUUCAGUGCUCAAGCGUGCAAACGUGACAGAAACUGUGCCAACAAUGACUUUCCACGUCUGUGAGAGCUGAAAAAAAGUCGGUCUCGCACAAUUUUACUAAGCACUAGUGGCCUCAUUUUCAUGCUAACAGUUGCUAAUUAGCACCAAACACAACUGAUGAAUGCAGAUCAUAAGGCACCAGACAAAGCGAAUGCUGUCUGACAUAGCAAGAAUUAGCUUUAUUCUGCUCCACGUGACAACAGAACAACCUGAACCAUUCAACAGUAAAAUACUGCGACCUAGCGGACCUGUGUACAACAUGUUAGCAUGCUAGCACGCAGGCUUAUAACACCUCAGUUUUUCAAGUUGCAGCUAAAUCUACCAACCUCUAUGUGCAUUUUUAAUAAAAGUUUCAGUCUGAAAGGAUGGCCAUCUGAAAAAGGCAACUCAGUGUUCUAUUUUAACGUAGGAUUGUAAUUAACAGCAUAUAUUAUUAUACAUACAGAUUAUAAUAUACUCAUGUUUUACAGUAGCCCAGAAUGGUUUGACCAAACAAAUAAAUGUCUUAAGAAAAGGUCUUUUAGGAAGAAUGUUAUGUUUUGAGUUCGUUGCAAUCUUUAACCUCACCACUAGGUGUCACUAAAUCUAUUUGAUUGCUCUUUAAGUCCUCCAAACGAAUUUCUUGUUGAAUUGAUGGUGACAACUUUCUAUUCCUGCUGGAAAAGCGGAUCAAGCGAGCGGCAAUAUCUUCUUCAAGUUUUUUUUGUGUUUUUAAAAAAAAAGUAAGUCAUUAAUUAAGCAUUUUUGGGCAGGAAAUAAAACCAAAUUAAAUAUUGCACCAGAUUCUUUUAAAUUAAACAUUGAAUUUGUGACUCAAAAUGUCCUGCGUUCUUCACCCAAAUUUUUUGAUUUAACAGAAUCUCGAAAAACCCGAGAUGUUUUGUAACUUUAGAUGAGAAAUACAACCUCCAUCACAUGAGCUAGAGACUGUCUGAUCGACGCGCUGUCAGGUCGGCCUGGACUAGCUGUAGGUCUGCCGACUGCUGAGUAGAGUUCCCAAAGGAUUAAUGUCUAUAUCUGAUUUUUUUCUAUAAUAAAAUAGAAAACAGAAGGAACUUAAAUCCUAAUGCUGAAUGGCCACAUCGGGGGGAAACGUUCCCAUUUCAGGUUCAAAAGUCGUUUUCUAGAUCCUUGUAGCCCAAUGGAUGAACGGUGCCAAAGUAUUCAUUCCUCUUGAGCUCUUUCCCACUUUGUCACGUCACAACCACAAACUUUUAACUAUUUUAUUAAGGAUAUUACAUGAGAUAGCAACACUGAGUAGCGUAUAGUUGUGAAGUGGAAGGCAAAAGAAACACAGAUUUAAGAAUUAUAUUAAAAUAAAAAUGCAUAUUGUAGUGGGGCAUGCAUAUUUUUGCUGACAUGACAUCUGUAAGUACAGGGUGGGCCAUAAGUUUCCAUACAUAGAAAAAAAAUUAGCAUUCUAUAUUGGACAACCGUUUUUAUUUUUGUGGGACUCUGUGUAAUCGCUGCACGUCUUGGACCACUUCAUGGUUGAUCUGAAACAUUUCCAGUGGUCUGAAACUUGCAAAUAAGUUUUGCCACAGUGCCGUGUGUGUGUGUGUGUGUGUGUGUGUGUGCGCGACGCUCGUUCCAUGUUUUCUGUUAAAGUUUCGUGCAACCAUGUGACCGCUUCCCGAUCCAGCCAUCAGUACAAUUUCAAUUCUUUGCUCUUUUGUCAAACGCAUCUUCUUGGGUAUCUGAAAUAUAAAAGAAAUGUACGUUUUACAUUCUCCUAUCUGUGGAAACGUGUGGCCCACCCUGUAUUUUGUCUCAGUUUGGCUGAUAUCAGGAUGAAAAGGGGCUGAAUAUAUAAUAUAAACGCACGUCGCACCUAUUUUGAUCCACCACCUAAAAUUGCAAUAAAACGAAAGUACGUUAGUGGCUGUUAUGCAACAAAAAUGUGCAAAAAGUCGCAAAGGGCGUGAAUAUUUUUAAGGCACCUGUCUAGCAUACACAUGAGGUGCUAUCCUGUGUUAGAACUUCACGGGUGUGCCUUCCCCCCCAUUUGUACUUUCCCUAAAACAUUUGUGAAACUUUGCUUCAGAUGAAAUCAACUGCUUCAGCAGAGUCAACUUGUAACAUCUGUGAUGCCUAACCUCAUCUGCUGCUACGUGCUUUUUUUCUACCGUAAAAGGGCAAAUUUUCACCAUCGGAAACCCUUUGGACGUACUGUAACUAUCACGAUCAUUAAAGGAAUAUUACACAUUUUUUUCUCUUUCUAUAAAGCAACUAAAGCCAUGGCAGGCCGUACGAUGAUACGGAAACAUCAGCACACAGUAAGCAUAACUCCUCAGUUUGUGUGUGUGUGUGUGUGUGUGUGUGUGUGUUUUGACCGAGAAAGUUCAGCAAGUUGCACCACGUUCAGGGUGCUUUGCAAGAAUGAGCUGGUUGGUUUUUAAAGUAAUAACUUCAAUUUAGCCCUUCUAUACUUGCAUAAAGUCACAAUAAAUUUCCAAUGUAACAUCGGAAUUCAAGAUAAAUGUUUUUUGGGGGGUUUUUUUCCAAGGAAGUCCUCGGUGGAAACAUCGGCACAGAUGUGUAAACAUGAGCUGAAGGUGUGCUUCUGAACCGAACAAAAGGAAACGGGGAUUUUACUCAGCGUAAAUGCAACACGGUUUCUUUAAGAAAACAAUAAAUAGUUUAACACAGUUUAAGCAAACAACGGGGACGCAGAUUCAUAUUUCAACCUAAAUAAACUUUACACCCAGUCGCUGGGCGACACUUGGUGUUAUAUCUCCAAAUGUACAUACAUAUCUUUGUGUGAGUGUGUAUGCGUGUGACUGUGUGUUAUACGUUCAUCAUAUCCCCAGAGGGAUUUUUCUUUAUUAUUUUGGAUUUUUUAUUUUUUUUGCCCUCUCUGAUCUGAGGUGGAAUGUCACAUUCAGUUUUAGUUACAGUGAACCUGAAAUUUCUCUUUAUGAGAAUCUGGCAAAUAGAAAAAGGAAAUUGACCUUUAUUAUAAUUUCCAGACAAUAUGAUUAUCGAUUGUCACAGUUUUAUGUCUACUAUUACCACAUCUUACCACUUAUACGAUUAUUUGAAGUAUUUAACAAGCCUCUGUAUUUCUCGUAUCUGUGAAUCUUCAAUAAAAUCGGUGUCAACAA